ACUGCGCGAAACAUUGUACAUGGUUCUGUCGAACCAGUGUAUUUCCUUGAUCAAGUUAUAGGAUUUGAUAGCCUUGAAGCUGCGGUGCCGCUACCGAAGUCAUGACGGUAUGUGUGGCUGUGCCCAUCGGUUGGGCUUGGCUGUGCCAUGGUCCGCUUUCAGCCGCUUUCACCGACUCCAUCCAUGUCUGUCACUUGGAGUGCUUCAAGUCGAAAAGCCAGCUAGCACCAAAAGGUCUACAUAAAUCAUCCCUCGCGCGCGACUUUAAUCAUAUCGGGCUAUUAUUAGCUUUGCGGGUUGUUUCUCCUCGUCUAUGGCCAGUGGCCGCCUAUUAAUAAAUUAAUGUUGGUGACCGCGCUGCUGAUCAUUGCCGAUCGGUCACCUUUGCUAUUGAUGUGACUGGGGCCUAU